CCAGCCUGUUUGAUUUUCUAAACUUUCAACUUCAUUACAUUUCAGUAACAUAACCAUGGCAGGAAAGGCCAAGGAGUCGGCGGUCGACCUCGCCAAGUUUAUUGACAAGGGCGUUCGCGUCAAGCUUGCUGGUGGACGGGAAGUGCAAGGGAUCUUGAAGGGCUACGACCAGCUGCUGAACCUGGUGAUCGAUGAGGCUGUGGAGUACCUCCGAGACCCGGAAGACCCGCUCACGGUGACCGAUGAGACCCGGUCACUAGGGCUGCUGGUGUGCCGCGGCACUGCAGUGAUGCUGGUUGCGCCGUCCGCGGGCAUGGAGGAGAUUGCCAACCCCUUCCUCCAGGCGAAAGACGGCGAGCAGGCGGCAGAGGGCGACGAUGAAUAGAUUAGGUGUUACAUCUCUCUGGAGAUACUGAAACUCAAUCCCAACACUUCGACUUACGGACUUUGGUUAGGAUAGGUAGAGUACAGACAUGACUUCGUCCUGCUUCUUAGCGCCAAGCGCUUUCUGGAGACGUGCUAAGCACACACUGGUACUGCUUUCAUAGGCCUUCCUGCGCACGCAGACGGUUCUAGACACUUGUUACCACUCUCUCAUUUGGCCAACCCGACCGCAACUAUCUAGGAUCUCUCGCCACGGCGUCUACAAUCUAGCCAGCACUGUCUCAGCGGACCUGAGCUACCCUAGGGCUCAUCCGGCGGCGGAAUGCGGAGCAACUACUGCCGCCGGACGUCCACUGUACACGACGACUGUCGCCGUGUGGACCGGCAGGGCCGUCGCUUGGAGCAGUGCUCGGGCCAACACAGCCCGCCACAGCAGCUCCAGCUUCGCCUUGACCCGUCUUCUGCCCCACCUCAGGGGCGGCGGAGGCGGGACUUUGUACUGCACCGCCGCUCUCUCGCGGCGGCCUCCUGGCGGCUCCGCACAGCCAUGGGGUUUCCCGGUGUCAUCAGUUGGCUCAGGACAUGAGCGUCGAACCAGUUGGUCUAGCAGGUGGUGGUGGUGGUGGUCAGUCAGUAUUAUUCGUCCUCAGCCCAGCUUUCUAGCUUGUAGGUAUCAGGCAAAGCCGGGCUGCUCAGCAGUCGUCGCCGUCGGCUGGGAUGGGCAGCUGAUCGCCGGGGCUGACCACGUCGAGCGUGCGCCGCGCGGCGCUCUGCCACUCCUCGCCGUCGUCAUCGAUGCGAUGGCUGGCGGCGACGCUUCCCAUCUUGGACGCAGGGCUGGCGUUGGAGUAGCGGCUGUGAGGGGGAGUCGAAGGGCGUGGGAAGGGGUCAAUGACGGAACGUGGAGGAGCCGGAUUUGGAGUGGGCACUGGCGCUCAUGUUAAAGGCUCUCGUGUCCGGGCUGGCAUGGCAUUGCUUGGGUCAAUGGUGGCCGAGUCACCCGAGUGCGCUGCAAGACGCGGGGCGCAUGGUUGUCUCGCUUGGUGUGCAUGGCUAAGACCAAUGAAGGAAACAACGCUGCAUAAGUAUGGGCGAAAGUACUGAUUACACACAUGUACCGCAAGGCUGCUCAGUGCUCACCUGGUGGACAUGCGCGGGGACUCGGCGGGCGACUCCGUGAUGCGCAGCGAUAGCGAGCCAGGUGUGGCGCCCAUGCCGCUGGGGCCGUUGCGGGAGCCGGACACGUUGCUGGUGGCCCAGUUGGGCGACAUGUGGUCGCUGCGGGUCCUGUGGGUUGCAGCAAGGACGGCCGUUGUGUAUGGCGACAGGCGGAUGUGGUUGAAAGGUUUGCCGCAGGAAAGGCGGCCGCGGCGCCUCAAGGCGCAAAGGACAUUAAU